AUGGCUGAGAUUCCAGAAGGUGCUAACGUUACUAUUUUGAACAGAAACGAGAAGAAGGCUAGAGAGUUGAUCUCCAAGCUUGGUUUGAAGAAGGUUCCAGGUAUCAUCAGAGUUACAUUCAGAAAGAAGGACAACCAAAUCUUUGCCAUUGAGAAGCCAGAAGUCUUCCGUUCUGUUGGUGGUAACUACGUUGUCUUCGGUGAAGCCAAGGUUGACAACUUCACCCAGAGAUUGGCUGCUGCUCAACAACAAGCUCAAUCCCAAACUGCCACCAAGACCCCAGAGGAUAUCCAAGCUGACAUGCAAGCCGCUGCUGUUGCCAACGAGAACAAGACUGAGGGUGACGCUGCCGAGGAAGACGUCGACGCUGGUGACUUGUCCAAUGACGACAUAGACUUGGUCGUCCAACAGACUAACGCCACCAAGGGCCAGGCCAUCAAAGCGCUGAAGGAACACAACGGUGAUAUCGUCAACGCUAUCAUGUCCUUGUCUAAGUGA